AUGAACAUCCAGGGAACGGACAUAGAGAUUGUGGACUCUUACAGGUACCUGGGUGUUCACCUGAACAAUAAACUGGACUGGACUAUAAACACCCAGGCUCUGAUGUCCUCAGAUAUUUAUGCUAAACCAGAUUUAUCAAAAAAGGUGAGAUACAACAGAAAUGAGCAAGAAAACGGAGCAGGAUGGGAGGAGAUGGAGGUGGACAUCUAUGCGACCGUUCAUGAUGUUGGGAAUAAUCUUACUGUUUUCCAGUCACAGGAAGAAGGACGACAGACUCAGAAGCAUCGUGCUCUCCAGAAAACACUGUGUCGAGGAGUGUUGUGCACGGUGGUUUUAGUCGUGGUCGUCAUCCUGUUCAUAUACGUUCUUGUAGUCACCUUGGAAGUCAACCAGCUGAAGACCAAACACAACCAACUGAACAACACCUACAAUCAGCUGCUCAACAAUCUUUCUGGUAUCACUUUGGACAAAGACCAGCUGCAGAAGGAACACGACCAACUGAUCUACACUUAUAAUCAGCUCAAAAUUGAACUUGAUGGAGAGUGUCAUGAAGGAUGGAGAAGAUUUGGAUCCAGUUUUUACAGAAAAUUCACAAAGAGUAAAACUUGGUCUGAGAGCAGGAGGGAGUGUGAGAAAAGAGGAGCUGAUCUGGUGAUCAUAAACAGCAAAGAGGAGCAGGAUUUUGUGGGACAACUGGACACGAAAGAAACCUCCUGGAUUGGUCUGAAAGCUGAAUGGUCACCAAGUAAACAAAAAUUUGAAUGGAAAUGGGUGGACGGAUCACCACUGACAACAACGUUCUGGGCUGCAGGAUGGUCUCAACAUCAGUAUAACAAACGUGAAUAUGCUGCACUGUGUUGUACUAAUGAAGGAAAAUUGACACAUUCACUUCACACUUCCACUAAUAACUGGAUCUGUGAGAAGAAAAUACAAGAUUUCUUUGUUGAAUCCUGA